AUGGCCCUUCCCAGGAAAUUCCUCUUUUGGUUUUUCUGCUUUGUGUGGCUGUGUUUUUCUAUUAGCUUUGGUUUUCAGGCUUCUAAAGGAGAAGUUCAGAUUGCAGCCAAUACAGAGUUAGAGCCUGAGGCUCGGUCCUUGCCACAAACUCUAGACGAAAGAGACAGAUCUGGCCUUCUUCCCCCACUCUUGAAGGUUUUGUCUGAUGAACGAGAUGGAGCACCUAGGCUGCCGCCAGACUCUAGAGCUCUGCGCUACAUGAAGAGCCUCUAUAAGGCAUAUGCUACCAAGGAAGGGAUCCCCAAAUCCAACAGAAGUCACCUCUACAACACUAUUCGGCUCUUCACGCCCUGUGCCCAGCACAAGCAAACUCCUGGGAACCAUGUGACAGGAGGCCUUCUGUCAGUGGACCUGCUGUUUAACCUGGAUAGUGUUACUUCUCUCGAACAUUUACUCAAGUCAGUCUUGCUAUAUACUUUCAACAGCUCGGUUUCGUUUCCCUCUGCUGUUAAAUGUGUGUGCAACCUGGUAAUGACGGAACCAAAGUCUUCUAGCAAGACUCUUCCUAGAGCUCCAUACUCAUUUACCUUUAACUCGCAGUUUGAAUUUAGAAAGAGGCACAAAUGGAUUGAGAUUGACGUGACCACCCUUCUUCAGCCUCUCAUUGCCUCCAACAAACGAAGUAUUCACAUGUCUGUAAAUUUGACAUGUGACAAAGACCAGCUGCAGCAUCCUUCCACACAGAAUAGUCCGUUUCACAUAUCUCUUCUGGUACCCCCGUCACUGCUCUUGUACCUGAAUGACACGAGUGCUCAGGCUUAUCACAGGUGGUAUUCUCUCCGCUAUAAAAGGCCUCCACAGAGUCCCAACCAGAAGAGAGGUCAGGCUGCACAUCCCAUGGGGAGAGAGGCUGCUGAGUGUGGAAGAGCUUCCCGUCACCGGAGAGGUCAGGAAACUGUCAGUUCUAAAUUGAAGGAGCCCCUGGUUCCAGCCUCCUUCAAUCUCAGUGAAUACUUUAAACAAUUUGUGUUUCCCCAAAAUGAGUGUGAGCUCCAUGACUUUAGACUUAGCUUUAGUCAGCUGAAGUGGGACAACUGGAUUGUGGCCCCGCACAGCUACAACCCUCAAUACUGUAAAGGGGACUGUCCAAGGGCAGUUGGGCAUCGGUACGGCUCCCCAGUGCACACCAUGGUGCAGAACAUCAUCUCUGAGAGGCUGGACCCAUCAGUGCCAAGGCCAUCAUGUGUGCCUGCCAAAUACAGCCCCUUGAGUGUUCUGACCGUUGAGCCUGAUCGGUCAAUUGCAUAUAAAGAAUAUGAAGACAUGAUAGCCACUAAGUGCACCUGUCGUUAA